AUGACCGAAAUAGAUAUUGAAAGGAUUAUGUCACCACAUUAUUUUAUACCACACAAUUAUGUGCUUAAACCCGACAGUACCACCACCAAGUUACGUGUGGUAUUUGAUGCAUCAUCCAAAACAACAUCAGGACAAUCUCUCAAUGAUUUACUACACAUCGGACCAACUGUUCAAAGUGAAUUACUAUCUAUUUUAUUACGAUUCUGUCUUCCUCGUUAUGUGUUUACAACAGACAUUGAAAAGAUGUACCAACAAAUACUUGUACAUCCAAAAGACAGACAAUGUCAGCUUAUAGUUUGGAGAAAUGAACCAAGUCAACCUAUAAAGUACUUUGAACUCAACACAGUAACAUAUGGUACUAGAUCAGCACCGUAUCUAGCAACCAAAUGUUUGCAAGUUUUAGCUGAUGACAAUAUGCAAAAUUAUCCAUUAGGUGCAUCUGCUCUCAAACAAAACUUCUAUGUAGAUGACUGUUUACACGGGGCAGAUAGUCUGAGAACAUUGUUGGAAACUCAGAGUCAAUUAAACAAAAUACUGACAGCAAGCGGUUUUAAAUUGCGAAAAUGGUGCGCAAAUCAUCCAAGUCUACUACAAGGAAUUCCACACGAUGACCUAGAAGUCAAUUUAGAUUUAGAAAAUAAUAACGAUACAACAAAAACUCUUGCAUUAUCCUGGUGUCCAAAAUCUGAUAGUUUAUGCGUCAAGGUUAAAUUGGAACCUGUUUGCAGCACGACGAAGCGCAGUGCAACCUCAGAUUUAGCAAGGCUAUUUGAUCCACUAGGACUUUUGUCACCAGUUGUGGUGAUGGCAAAGAUCUUUAUUCAAGAAUUAUGGAAUUUAAAGAUGGAUUGGGAUGAAAAACUGCCGACUGAAUUACAUAAACAGUGGUUAGAGUUCCGGAACAAUUUGACGAAAGUAAAUUGUCUGCAGAUAUCUCGUCAUAUUUUCAAGGGCGAAGUUCCUGCCAACAUUCAAUUACACAUCUUUACAGAUGCAUCAGAAAAGGCAUAUGGUGCUGCAGCGUAUUUGCGAUCAACACUUCAGAAUGGUCAAAUUAUUGUACGACUAUUGUGCGCUAAGUCUCGGGUUGCACCUUUGAAAAGGUUGACAUUACCUCGUCUCGAAUUUUGUGCAGCUGUGGUUGGCGCAGAACUAGCAACAAGAAUAAAGAACGACCUACAAAUAAGAAAUUACCAGACGUUCUUUUGGUGUGAUUCACAAAUAGUGAUAUCAUGGAUCAACUCUCCAUCAUCAAAAUUUCACACUUUCGUUGCAAACAGGGUAAGCAACAUUCAUCAAUUAACAGCCACAAGUCAGUGGCGCCACGUCAGUUCGGAACACAAUCCAGCUGACAUUUUAUCAAGAGGCCUUGCACCCCAUAAACUACAGUCAUCAAGUAUGUGGUUUUAUGGACCUAUGUAUGUUCCUGCAUGGUCGGGAAGAACUGUGGCCUUCAAAACCAUCAUCAGCAUUAAAAUCCGAAACCCUCAUUGA